AUGGCGAACGACUCGCCCCAGCCGCCGAGCCCUUCGUCGCCAGCCGUCUCCUCGUCCGACCUCAGCGCCGGCAAACCUCCUGCGCCACCGAGUGCGGCCAGUGGAGACGACGGUGCAGAUGCUCCCGCACACUCGAGGACCUUUCCCUUCUCCCGCGCGUCGGUAUCCUCAGGCCAGGGCUCCUCGUCGCAUCCCGCCUCGAGUCCCGCACAGUCGCCGCAGGCUCCAUCGCGACCUUCGUUUGCAGGCAUGUCGAGGCCGUCGUACAUCUCGCUGCCGCCACGACACCACCUGGGCGAGCGCGGCUUUCCUUCGCCCGAUGUCACCUCGCCCUCAGGUCGACACUCCGUCUCGUCGGCAGAGUCGUCUGGCAGCCGCAUCGCGCCCGACCUCGGCGGAAGCUCGGCGCGCUACUUUCCCAUGCGCAGCGUCGUCUACCCGACGCCGAACGUGACUUCGCCCGCCACGAGCGCUGGGACGGCCGCCUCCGCGCGCAGCUACACGGGCGCGAAGCGAAUGGCGGGCUUGCAGGGUCCUGGAGCGCCUCCACCCGGCUCAGCAGAGGCUGUCCUACUUGAAGAGGGCUUCCCUGCACCUCCUGAAGACGGCGGCGGGUCGCAGCCGGGCGCUGCGCUGAGCGAGGGCAGCCUCGCAGAUGCCGCCGAGCAGCUUGGCCUCCUCGAGCGCAGUUCGAGCCGCGGAUCUUCAGGCGAGAACGGGCGGCCAGAGACGCUGAGACGAACGAGUUCGCGGACUGAAGGCGCCGCGAGCAGCAUCGAGUCGCCCGCGGCGUCCGACGUCAAACCUCCCUCUCUCGACCCUUACCUCUCUGCACCCACGACGCACGCCAAGAUCGGCGACCCUGAUUCCGACGACGAGGACGACGGCGAGGACGAGGUGCACAACGCCGAGACCGAGUCGAACGUCCAGCAGCGGGACUUUGGCGACGAGACGAAUGACGGCCGAGGAGGGCGGUUGCAGACGUCUGCGCCGAGGGACGAGGGCGGGAGCAGCUAUACCGGCGGAAGCGACAAGCCGAUGCUCAUGACCUCGCGAUUCGAGCACCAGGUUACGGAUGACGGGCAGAUCUUGGUCUUGACAGGGCGGGAAGGCCAGCUUGAGCGGUGUGAGGACGAGCCUAUACACGCACCCGGAGCCGUUCAGGCGUUUGGCGUCCUUAUCGCUUUCGAUCUCGAAGAAGACGAGCGCAUGAAGGUCCAGCAGGUCUCCGAAAACUCGGGCUUCGUCAUUGGCCUCCCUCCGCGCGUCCUGUUCCGAGCGAAAUGCCUCUCCGAGCUGCUCGAUGAGGACGAAGCCGACGCCCUCCGCGACGCCAUCGACGCACUCGACGAGCGGGACCUCGACGAGUCGAACGAGGAGGUCGGCCCGUACACUUUCACCCUCGCCGGCGAGGGCAUCCCUGGCUCGGGCGACCGUGAUGCGCAAAGUCGCGAGCGCUUCGAGUGGGUCUGCCACGCCGCCAUUCAUCGCCCGAACCGGACACUCCAGCCGAAGCGGAUCAUCCUCGAGCUCGAGCUCGUUGAAGACCAGGUCAACCCGCUUUCGACCGUCUCGAGCGAACCCUUCACGCCUGACGAGCGCGGCGGGAUGGGCAAGCCCGAAGAGUACGGCGAGAACGGCAUCAACCCGACCGAGGCCGACUUGAUUGAGAGUACCGUCUCGAUCGCGAAACCGCUGCGCAUCCUCGCGCGGCAUCGCUCGACCCGCUUGCGGCGGCGGAAACGGUCGCGCCAGGGUCUCGAGGAGAUGGAUGUCGUCGGCUUGCUGAGCCAAAUCAACGACCAGCUCGGCAAAGCGGACGAUCUCGAGACGUUCCUCAAGGUCACGGUCGGCGUCUUCAAGGAGUUGACCGAGUUCGACCGCGUCAUGAUCUACCAGUUCGACGAGAUGUGGAACGGUCGAGUCGUCGCGGAGCAGGUCGACUGGUCCCGCACGCGCGACCUCUUCCGCGGCCUCAACUUCCCCGCCUCCGACAUCCCCGCGCAGGCUCGCGAGCUCUACCGCAUCAACAAGGUCCGCGUCCUGUACGACCGCGACCAGCCUACGGCCCGUCUCUGCUGCCGGUCCAUGGAGGAGGUCGCCCUCCCGCUCGACAUGACGCACUGCCACCUGCGCGCCAUGAGCCCGAUCCACAUCAAGUACCUCGGCAACAUGGGCGUCCGCUCGUCCAUGUCGAUCUCGAUCACCGCCUUCGGCGACCUCUGGGGACUCAUCGCUCUCCACACGUACGGCCGCUACGGACACCGCGUCUCGUUCCCCGUCCGCCAGCUCUGCAAACUCCUCGGCCAGUCGAUCUCGCGCAACAUCGAAAGAAUCUCUUACGCGUCGAGGCUCCAGGCGCGCAAGCUCAUCAACACGGCGACGUCGGACCAGAACCCGAGCGGCUACAUCGUCGCCAAGGCGGAGGACUUGCUCGACCUCUUCCACGCCGACUUUGGCGUUCUGAGCAUCGGAGACGAGGCAAAGAUCCUGGGUCCGGUCAGCAACUCGCAGGAACUCCUCGCUCUCCUUGAGUACCUCCGCGUCAAGCGCUUCGAGACGCUCAAGACGUCGCAGGACAUCGUCGCAGACUUCCCCGACAUUGACUAUCCGAACGGCUUCAAGCUCAUCGCCGGGUUGCUCUUGGUUCCUCUCUCGGCCGGCGGCAACGACUUUAUCGUCUUCUGCCGGAAGGGCCAGCUACAAGAGAUCCAUUGGGCCGGAAACCCCUACGCCAACAAGAAGGUUUCCGAGGAUGGCGAGCAGUACCAGGCGCUCGAGCCACGCAAGUCGUUCAGAAUCUGGUCAGAGACGGUCGUUGGCAAGAGUCGAGCGUGGACAGACGAGGAGAAGGAGACGGCGAGCGUUCUUUGCUUGGUCUACGGCAAAUUCAUCGCCGUUUGGCGAGAGAAGGAGAGCGCGCUGGCUGCCAGCCAGCUCACCAACCUGCUCCUCCAGAACGCCAGUCACGAGGUUCGAACGCCGUUGAACGCCAUCAUCAACUACCUCGAGCUCGCUCUCGACGGUCCCAUCCCUGGUGAGGUUCGCGAGAACCUCGUGCGCAGUCACGCCGCCUCCAAGUCGCUCAUCCACGUCAUCAACGACUUGCUCGACUUGACCCGCACCGAGAAGGGCAACGAGCUCUACCUCACCGAUCCCUUCAACCUCGCCGAGACCCUCGAAGAGUCGAUAGCGAUUCACCGCGAUGAGGCGGCGAGGCGCGGCCUGUCGCUCGAGAUUGUCGAGACUCCGACGGGAACACCGUCGACCCUCCUCGGAGACCGUGCCAAGAUCCGUCAGAUCGUCACAAACGUCGUCGGGAACGCCCUCAAGCAUACGAAGGAGGGCGGCAUCCUUGUCGAAUGGGGCGAAGUCUUGUCGGUCGAGGACGCUUCGCAGCCGAAACAGGACGCCAUCAAGAUCGGCAUCUCGAUCACGGACACGGGCGUCGGCAUCACGGAGCAGAAGCUCGAGAACAUCUUCCGCCAGUUCGAGAACGUCGCGACCAUCGGCGACAAGGAGCGCGACGAGAUGGCCGAGUCGGAGCAGGCGGUCGGCCUUGGACUCGCAGUCGUCGCACGCAUCGUGCGCAACCUCGACGGCCAACUACAGGUGGAGAGCAAGGUUGGCAAGGGCUCGAAGUUCACCUUCAUCUUCCCCUUCCGCCUCCCACCGCAAGACGCGGCCACGGCGCACGCCAUCGCGCAGUCGAUCCAGCAGUCCCUUCAGCGCGAGGUCAAGCCCGAAGCGCGCCGCGACCCGCUCGCCCGUCGCAACAGCAACGGCUCUGCCGGGUCGCGCGCCUCGAAGACGUCGUCCGGCCGGUCCGAAAUCGACUCGCUCAUCAACGCGAUGAGCCAGUCGCACAUGGACACGAAUCAGCCCCGCUCCGCUGGCUCGCGCUCGACUCAAUCGAUUCGGUCGAACCAGUCGUUCCGUUCGGCACGGGGCACCAUGCGGCAGGAGGUUCCACUGUCGGAGGCCAGCUCGCGCGGCUCUGUCGGCAUCUCGGGCGGUGCAAUACCGCUGCGCGCCGCUCGAGUUGGACCAUCACGAGGCGGCGGCGAACCAACGUCCUCGCCGCUCUCGUCGCCGACGCUCGCCAAAACGCAAAACCCUCUCAAUGCCAUCUUCAACUCGCCCGCCAGCCCAGGCAAGUCGCCUCUCAGCCUUGGAUCGGCGCCUCCGGUCGCGUCUCCUCCUGCCGAGCGUGAACGACGCCAAUCGAUCCUUUCCGUGACAUCCGAAGCGAACGCCAAUUCGACGGCUGCGGACAACACGCCCCGAGCCAAGUCGCCAGAGCCGGAUGCAAAGGCCGGUACAGCUUCUCCGACGCACGUCAGCGAAUAUCGCAAGUCGUCUGCCGCGCCACCUGUCGACACGAUCGAGCCGAUGCGCGUUCUCGUCGUCGAGGACGAGAUGGUCAACCGCAUGAUCAUUUCGCAACGCCUCAAGAAGGACGGCCACGAAGUCAUCGUCGCAGAACACGGUGGCGCAGCGGUCCGCAAGUUCGAGGAGGACCGCAACUUCGACAUCGUCUUGAUGGACCUCCAGAUGCCGAUUAUGAACGGCGUCGAUGCGAGCAAGAACAUCCGGCGGAUCGAACGCGAAUCUCCCCUGCCCGAAGACCAGCGUCGCCUGUCGACCCGCCUGAACGACGGCAUCCCCAUUCUCGCCGUCAGCGCCUCGUUGCCCGAGCGCGAGCGGCCGACCAUCGUCGACGCCGAGCUGAACGGUUGGCUCCUCAAGCCGAUCGACUUCAAGCGUCUUCGCACUCUCAUGCGCGGCGCAAUCGACAACAAUGCGCGACACCCCGAGAUCUACCGUCCGGGCCAGUGGGAGCGCGGCGGCUGGCUCACCGAGAUGCCCCAGCCCGACCUGGCCGCACAAGCCUAA